GGCAGUGUGAGAGACAGAAUAAUGUGGCAGGGAGCCUCAGGUGCAGCUGGGAGGGGAGGAGGCGGGGCAAUGAGCGAGAGGCUAAGAGAGAGAGAGAAAGAAAAAGAGGGAGGGCUUGUGUGUGUGUGUGUGUGUGUGUGUGUGUGUGUGUGUGUGGAAAGAGAGAGAGACUGAGUGUGCAAGCUAGAGAGAUUGUGUGGAGAGGGAGGGAGGGAAGUGUAAGCCAGUCACAGCAUCUCUCCUUCUCACUGCACCAGGGCUGAGGGAGUCUUCGUCCCCUCGCUUCCCUCGCUGCAGAUUUAACUCAUUUCCAUCAGCGCAGUCAUCUUUUUUUUUUCCUUGCUUUUUACUUGCUGCUUUUGACAGAUGCAUUGCAUUCAUCUCUUUCUGUGUGCCAGGAUCUAAGGAUUUAUUUAAUAAAAAGGUUGGUUGUCCUGUUUAAUGGAAUCAAAAGGGGGACGUUUGCAGAGGACAUUGCUUAAGACUGGGACUCCGACUGAGACUUCGUCUUUUCUUUAUACUGCUAGAGUGGAUUCCCCUUUUGUUGCGCUGCCAGUGUUUUGUUCACGGCAACAGACAUACUGAGAGAGGAGUAAAAAAACAAGGCUAUAGGAUCCCAUACCUCAAGAACUACACUUGGAAGGACGAAGACAAGUUAGAAAAUCUGUGGUUACAUUAGGCACUUGAGGAGAAGGUGCUAAGCUUCUCCCUGCCUGUACUUCAGAAUGUCACAACAAAAUUGCAAAUAACAAGUUUAUGGGAUAAAUGCGUGGAUUGCCGAUUGAUCCUCACACCCCUCUCUGCAAGUGUCUGCCACAGGAUUGCUGAGGAGCCGAAGUGAGAGGAGCGCUGAGUUAUUCAGCUGGCCUCUCAUUGCUCCUGGAGAGUCCUAUCACCUGCCUGCAUUGGAAAUUGACAUUCAUUGCUUUCAUCAGCUACUGGACUUUUACAAAUGUCCUUAUUUUGCAACUUGCAGUCCAGAACACUGAGAGGCAAGUUUGCACACACGGAUUUAAACUUCAAAUUACUUUAAUGGCAGAACUCAUCCAGAUAAUUUUGACGUGCUUGGUUGUUACCUCAUUCUGCCUGGGGAUGCCUUGUAAACACAUUUUCCCCCCAGCGCCAUGUGUGUUGAGAGAGCUGUGACAUUAUCUCCUGCGGAGAUCCCCAUGUUGUUCUAGCCUGUGUCUGUGUUUUGAUUCAGACAAUAGCUGGGCAUACAUGGGCUCCAGACACUGACCAGAGGACCACCAAAAUAAGGGAAGCCUGCUGUUACAUAGUAAACACACUAGCACCCAUGGCACAGAGAAACUUUGGAUUGUACUGAAGGGUUGAUUCACAGAGAUGGAUGUAAUUAUACACAAAGAGAGACUCCUAAGAAGCUUUUUCCCCCUAAGCAAUAGUUGCCUAAAAUGUAUUUUUUGAAAGGUAACUACAAUCAAUAAAUUUCAUUCGAUCUUUUGUCUGAAAUAGCCAUAUGCUGAUUACUUAUUUGAUCUCCUUUGAUGAUCUGUCAAGAGAGGAGAGCAUGGUACUUUGCUUCAUACUUUAACCUCUUUGUAUGGUUUCCUCCCUUGCAUCCUCUGUGCUAUCUGCCCUUGUGAGGACAGUUUAUGCCGUCAGCUUCCCGAUGGCAACCCUCAUUAGAAUCAGGAGAUGAGGCCACAGACUGGCAGGCAAAGCAGCAGGGAAACUCACCUUUGGGAUAGAUGCCGGCCACAGCUCUAAUGCUACCCUGCCUUAGGUUUACUGAAGGAAUACAGCUUUUUUUCCUCUACUCCUGACUGUUACCCACCCACUACCUUCACUAACCAUGAGUGACUGGAAAAGGAGAGCUGAACGGGUUGUCCUACUCUCCCAGAGGCUGUAUUGAUUUUCCUCAAGUCAGUGUUCAUUUGAUUGAGACCCAGCUAUGUGAGAGUAAGGUGAAAGAGAGUGAGUGUGCUAGAGAGAGUAUUGAGAUCCGUUAACUGAGGGAGGUUGCAGACGCCCAAUAACGAGCGGGCGGGAGUAGGCCGUUCUCCAGUUUCAGGCCAGCUGCCUUAUGGGUGGCUAACCACAAACCUGACCCACCUGGAUAGCACCCAGAACAAUGAACCAGUCUGAACUGACAACGGACCCGUUGCUCACUGCCAACAGCAGCCAUGGAGACUUCUUUCCUGGAAGGGCCUCCAAUCAUUCCUGCCCCUUGGGCUGGGGGCUGAACGAAGGCCUAGAGGCUUGCGUCUUGGAGACUGCUGUCAUUGUACUUCUUACAGUUCUCAUAAUUGCAGGGAACCUGACGGUGAUCUUUGUGUUCCACUGUGCCCCUCUACUACAUCACUACACCACCAGCUACUUCAUCCAGACCAUGGCCUACGCUGAUCUGCUGGUGGGUCUUAGUUGCCUGGUGCCCACCCUCUCUCUGCUCCACUACCCAGCAGGUGUCCAGGAGCCCAUCACAUGCCAGGUCUUCAGCUAUGUCAUCUCUGUACUGAAGAGUGUUUCAAUGGCCUGCUUGGCCUGUAUCAGUGUGGACCGCUACCUGGCCAUAACUAAACCACUAUCUUACAACCAGCUGGUGACGCCAUGCCGGCUACGAGGCUGCAUCACCCUCAUCUGUGUGUACUCUAGCCUGGUUUUCUUACCCUCCUUCUUUGGGUGGGGUAAGCCAGGAUAUCAUGGGGAUAUUUUUGAGUGGUGCGCUCACUCUUGGCCCACCUCUGCCCUCUUUACAGGCUUUGUAGUGUGCCUACUCUAUGCACCUGCUGCACUCGUGGUCUGUUUUACCUAUUACCAUAUCUUUCGGAUUUGCCAGCAGCACAAUAGGGAGAUCAGUGAACGGAGGGCACGUUUCCCUAGCCAGGAGAUGGAGGCUGGUGAGGGGGGUGGCAGCGGUGGGCAUCAGGGAGGGCAUGGACCGGAUCGGCGCUAUGCGAUGGUACUCUUCCGCAUCACCAGCGUUUUCUAUAUGCUUUGGCUGCCCUACAUAAUCUACUUCCUGCUGGAGAGCUCCCAUGUGCUGGAUAGUCCUGCCCUUUCCUUCAUCACCACCUGGCUGGCCAUUAGCAACAGCUUUUGCAACUGUGUCAUCUACAGCCUAUCUAAUAGUGUGUUCCGCCUGGGCAUGCGUAGGCUCUCACAGACGAUUUGCUCCUUCAGCCACUGUGCGGCUGAUGACAGGGAUUUUGCAGAGCCUAAACCAAGGAAAAGGGCAAACUCAUGCUCCAUUUGAAGGGAUGACUUCUACGGGAUGAGGAUACUUCUGGAAUCUAUCAAUGGGAAACAUGAAUCUUAAAUUGGCAGGGCUUAACUAAACAGAAAACACCUUCUGUUAUAACAGCCUGUCAGCUGACACCAGUGACUUUUCCUUGGUCACAAUAAACCAUAGUUUAUUGUAUUAGUUUUCAAGGAGAUGGGUGCAGUGUUUAAACAGAGUUGAUGAGUUUGGCACUCUGUGAUGGCUUUCAUUCUAUGCUAUGUGGCAUAGAUGUGGAUCACAUAGAAAGUAGUCUCCCCCUGGCUCUCUUAGCCUUUACAUCUUACAUACAUUAGAUACAACAGGUAUGUCAUUGGCCAGGUUAGACCUAGUGAGAAGACAAAACUGUUAAUUCCAAAAGAUUCACAAAUAUUUCCUCACACAUCAAACGUGACCACUAUAUAUCAGGCCUGUUAAAUUUUCCUAGUGUUUGUAAAUUCGAUUGACCUUCUACUGGAUGUCUCCGUACUUUCUGUGACUGUCAUUAGCAGAUACAAGAUAACUUAUACUUAAUUGUGCUCACAAACCUGUUUAAAGAUUGUAAAAGGAUAUUUGACUUUUUAAACUGUAUAAACACACAAAGUGACAAUGAUUACAGCCAUUAUGCUGCUGAAAAAAUAACAGAUGGUAUAUGGCCUUGACUGUUUACCUGAGAAAAGGGAGCAGUGUUGUUCUGCUAAAGUAUUUAGUUUUGAGUCUUUAAACAUGAUGUUGGUAGGUGAACAGGAGAAAGAUGCAAGAAAAAUAGUCAUGAUGUAUCGGUUUGUUGAAAUUGAAUAAAGCUGUUUACUCAGACUUUCUGCUAAACAUGGUACACAAUCUAACAGUGCACAAUGAUCUUAAACAGUAAAGUGUCCAAUACUGCACCUCGUAGAUAGUUAUGCAAAACAUACUGCUAUAUGACAGCAUUAGACCAAGGACUGUAAAACUAUCUAAACAAGUAAGAGGAAUGUUGAAACCUUUACAUGAAGUUAGAAGCCCCAAAACAGUCAAAUUUUCAACACAUUUAACACAUUGCCUACUGCAGUAUUGUGACCUGUAUCAGACUUUUAACAGAUGACAUGUUGCUUACAAAUUUACCUAUUUAAAUAUCAGCUGAUUUUGCUCAGUCACCAAUUGAGUGGUGUACCCUACUAAAAAGCACCUUAUUUCCAGUAUUCAGAUCAAGGAUGUAUCAUACUUUAGCCUGGUUGGACACUACGGCCCUCUGUAUCAAGGGCAGAGUGAUGCUCUCAGCGGAUAACUACCCAGCACAGUGGAUUUUCCCCAAGUUACCCCCUAGUGUUUAUGAAAUAGCCCAUCAGCCCCAGGAUUCCCACUGUUGGUGUGGCUUUCCUGAUAUGGCUGUGUCAGGAGUAUUCUGUUAACAGUUUGAUACAUGAAUGCUCAUGAUGGCCAUUUCUAACUAGCAAAUAAAUAUUACAUCCCUUUUCCCCUGUGUAUGGAGGGCCAUCUAUACUGGAUAGUGAACAGAAAACAGAAAUAGCAAUUUUAUUUUAUUUUAUUAUCUAAUAUUUAUUAAACAUUUUGAUUUGUAAAUUUGCCUGUGUCACAUACAGGUAAGGAAAGUGAUAAGAGGCAGCAGUGUUGACCUGAAGAUGUAGCCUGGUGCUUUGCAUCAGUGACACAGUCUUUGUUUAAGAUGAUAGUGGAUUUUAUUUCCUAGCAGCGGUGAACAGGGGCUCAGGUUAAUGUGAUCUGAUCCGUCUGGAUGUUGCUGUGAAGUUAAAACUUAACUGAUCUGAAAUUACAUGCGUAGUUGUGAUAAAGGUUUAAGGCUAUCAGUAGCUAAUAUUUUAUUAUUUGAUGAACUACAGGCCAGACAGUGUUAAUUAUUUCUAAUUUAUCCCCAUUUCUUUCAUUUGUAUCAGUUUCAUAACUGAUAGACAUCAAAAGUUACAGGCUCAAAUUUCUUACAGACUUCUCAAUGCCUUUGUGAAUAAACACAGUGUUAAGUGUGCACUCUUCACAGUCAAACCUAACUGGGAAUCACACAUUAAAUUUAGGGAAAAAUAACAUUGAAUUGGUAGUGGGAAUUGUUGAAAAUGUAUUACCUUUUUGUCAUGACAUUUGUGCCCAAGCAAGAAAUGACUGUGCUGGGUGUUAGGACUCCUUGAUGAAUUGUUUGUGAGCUGCUUAUUGAAGAUGGGUAGUUAUCUUCACUCUGCUAAAAGACAGCAUCUUUGUUCUUGGACUGUGCCCUCCCAGCUUGGAGACUGUUUCCCAAUUUGGGCCUUUUGAUAGACAAAGAGCAGAUUAUGUGUGCUGCUAAAGCAACCUGCAGACUGCCUUUGGAUUUGAUUAUCACCUUUUGCUACAGCACAGUAGUAUAGUCAUUCCAGUCAAUUUACCUUGUACAUUCCCUUGAUCAUAGGAUCAGUGUCAAAACGUAACUCAUUUCACAAGAAUACAGCCACGUACUAUGGCCAAUGAUUUAUGCUGAUUUCCCUCUUUGCUCAUGUAGUAUUGUUGGUCAUCUGUGGUUUAGGCCUUGCUUGUAGUGUAUAUUUGUCCAUGCUAGAAACCAAGUGACACAGCAAACCCAGCCCCUUGAUGUUGUAAGUGUUGUUCCAUUCUAUGCUGCUUAACAGUACCCUGUGAAAAUCAUUUUAAAGCUGCAUUAAGUGAUUUUUUGACCACUAGGGGCAGAAAGACUCCAGGCCUUUUGCUUAUUAUAUUUUAGAUAUACGUUAGCAAGCAAUUUGCCACUUACACAUCCAGCAGAAACAGAGCUAUAUGAGCAUUCCAGUAGAGUCUUUCUGGUCACCUUAUGAAUGUAAGUAAAUAUUGUUUUUAAGCCAAGGUUUGGUAAACCAACAACAGAAAAAUAUCUGUCUUUUGGGUUAUUUACAUGCUCUACUUUCUUCACCAGCCACUUGUUUACUUCAGCUCUUUGCAGUUUUGCAUGAGGUAUGCAGGCAAUCUACAGUCAACCUGAAAUAGUCAUGUUCUGGGAGUGGCUGCCCACGGUUUAUACUGUAUGUGCCUGCAUUGUUUUGGUUUCGUAGGUUCAGAUAACUGGGAUAACCAAAUCAGUGAGGUAAAAGCAGCUGUGUAAAGCUGCUGAAUGGGGUGUUGAUUCUCAGAGAGAUUAUCAGCAUUCAUCACCCUUUAACAUAAUCAGGAGUUAUUUGAUUCAGUGUCAAUAUAAAAAAAAUAUUGCUUUAUGCAGCUUUAAUGCAUUACAGAUUGUUCUGUAUACGUGCCUAAAGAUGUAUUUUGUAGGAAAAGUUUAAAAAAAAACAAAAAAAAAAAAAAAAAACAUGUUGAGAAGUAAUUACCGUUACAUGGACAUGCUGCACUUUUUAAAAACUUUUUCCAGCUACAUGAACAUAACCUGUGUCCAUGUACAUGUCUGAAGGUACAUUGUCAUUUUAUUUAAUUUUCCAUGACAAGUUCAAAGGGGUUUCCACUUUACCAAGAAUGGGUCAAGUCAUUCAUUAAUCACAAUCGAUCUGACUCCUACCUUCAUGUGGAUAUGUGUUCUACUAUCUGACGUCAAAAUCAUAUCUGUAAGAUAAGAGAAGACAGCAGGUUUUUGUCUUGUGAAUUCCCUUCUGUAGUCAUAUGACCUAACAUAUAUGAGGAAUACCAACAGGGAAAACACAGCAUAGCCGUGUCAAAUAUUAGACUUAUAAUUAUUUUUUUAUUUUGAUAGUUUGUGUUUUUUGUGCUCCUUUGGAGCAUAGUGCAGUGAGGUAGUAGAUGAAAUUUAUAGGAUCUGAAUUAGUGCUGUAUUAUCUUCACAAUGUGGUGACAAACAACAACACAACAACAUAUAAGACAGGAGAAAAACAAAAUUAUGUAAUGACCUAAAAUAAAAUAGCUCAGUUGUUACCAUGUAAUGUAAAAGUUGGAAUAUUCCAUUAAAGUGGAGAUUGCAGUAUUUGGUCAGAUGUAAGUUGCACAAAUAUUCAUUCCUGUGGUGGGCUUUUUAGUAGCAGGUUAUAUAAAAUGCGUGUUUUGGCUCAGGGUUUCAAAACUCCAAGAGCCGUUGAAUGAAUAUUUAAAAAAUAAAUUUAUGUGUCUGUAUUACACUGACCAAACUGAAGUGUUAGAAAAUCAAAACUGUUAUCUUGUUCAAACAGGUUGUCUUACUUUCAAGUGCAUUGAUAGGGGCUUUUAGUUAAGAGGGUUAGGUAAACAGUUUCAUUACAGGUUAAUAUGUAUUUAUUUAUUAAAUUAUGUUUAAACCUUUACACAAUAUACUGUAUAUGAGUAUACUGUAUGUAAAGUGUGUGUAUCUGUUUUUAAUAUGCUGUACAGCCAAAAAAAGAUAUCAGACAAAAAUUCUGACAAAGGUAUGGCGCAUCCAUUUGUGUUAAAACCACUAGGCUGCUGAUGUUUUGAGUAGGAGGCAGAGUGUGUUAAAUUACACAGUAUCUAUUUUUUUAUUUUAAAACUUUGUCAAAGGCUAUGGUUUUGCUGUUGCUGCCAACCCAAUAAAGGUGAAAAUAGUAGACAUUCA